AAUAGCCUGAGUGAUCCUUUGCGUGCGUGCGUGCGCAUGCGCAUGCGCCUCCCGCUGCUGUCCCACUUGGGCUGAUUGGAUGGAAACAGUCAUACAGACGAGCCUUGUUCGAAACCCGACAACACGCCAUGGACCGACCGGGUUUUGGCGGGACUUCAUCCAUGAGUUUCUCCUCCAGCAUGCCAGGAAACGGAUUCCCCCCCACAGAUCUAAGCGAUGUGGAGAAAGACAAUCUGAGGUUUGAACUUGCCAAGAUGGAAGAGGAAAUUCAGACUCUUAGGCAGGUGUUGCUGACCAAAGAGGGAGACGCUGCAGAUAUCAGGAGGCAGCUGGGUAUGGGCCCUCUCAGUAACCUCAAAGAGAACCUGUCCAAAGGCUGGCAAGAAGUGCAGACCUCUUCACCGUAUCUCACAGCCUCUGCAGUCUUGGAUGACAUCAACAACUCCAACGUAUGUGUGAGGACCAAGGAAGGUCUUGCUCAUGCAGGUCAUGUGACUUCUUCUGCAUUGUCCAACAUGGGUGUGGUCAUCACCAGGAGGCUGGCGUCGAUGAGAGCUCUGCCUCUUCCGAGCCCACCACGCACGCUGAGCCACACCAUGAGUGUGCCAUCUAUGAGACACUCCUCCACAUUCAAGUCUUUGGAGGAAAUGGUUGGCAGUGUGAAGAAGAGAAGAUGACUGGCAGUCUGAAACAUUUGGCUUUGAAAGAAGAGCCAUGUUCUUCACCACAUCAGAAUGAUGUUUUCCAGUUAUGUUGUUUUUCUGUGAAAUGUAAUAUACCAGCAACAGUACCAACAUGUUGCACUUUCCUAAAAAGAAAAUAUUUAAGCUGUUUAUGUUUCAUUUUAAAUGUCAUUGAAUGUGCCCCUGUUUUUUUUUUUUUGCAUUUUGUUCACUUACUGUAUCCAAAGUGAAGUGAAUCAUGGAAUUUCAGUACAGUACAUUAUAUUUUAUAAAUAAUAGGUGAGAGGGAUGAUGGCUAUCUGUGGCAACUGUUGGUAAUGAUUUUUAUAGCUCUUUAAAACCAAGCUAUGUAACAAACUGAUUUUUACUGUUACAGCCCGAGCUAUAAUACAAUUAUGCUUUGGGUAUUAUUUCUUCAUUUCUUACAAUAAUAGAAAAUAUUAUAAUUCUUUAUUGUUCACCAAGGUUGAAAAUUGUCCUUUUUGAUAUUUAGUCGGCGGCACGGUGAGCGACUGGUUAGAGCGUCUGCCUCACAGUUCUAAGGACCGGGGUUCAAUCCCCGGCCCCGCCUGUGUGGUGUUUGCAUGUUCUCCCCGUGCCUGCGUGGGUUUUCUCCGGGCACUCCGGUUUCCUCCCACAACCCAAAAACAUGCUUGGUAGGUUGAUUGAAGACUCUAAUUUGCCCGUAGGUGUGAAUGGUUGUUUGUUUAUAUGUGCCCUGCGAUUGGCUGGCAACCUGUUCAGGGUGUACCCCCAUCCUGCCCGAUGAUAGCUGGGAUAGGCUCCAGCACUCCCGUGACCCUUGUGAGGAUAAGCAGGUCCAUAAAAUGGAUGGAUGGAAGAAUGGAUAAAACCCAUAAAAGACUAAAUAUCAUCCAUCCAUCCAACCAUUUUCUGAGCUGCUUAUCCUCACUAUGGUUGCAGGUGAGCUACAGUUUAACCCAGCUGACUAUUUUGUUUGUUUUUAUCUUCUGUAAUUUUUCUUAGUUUUAUAUCCUGUGUGUUUUAAGUGAUUGAACAGCACUGUUGUUUUAAAUGCAACAGUGGGGGGGAAAUAAGAUGCCAAAACAACACUGGACCUUUUGGAAUUUGGUCUUUAGAAUGUGGGCGUUACAUCGUCAGUAGUUUAUGGAAUUAAACAAAAACAUUAAUUUUA